CUGCAAAAACUGUCAAAAUAAUACAAAUUGCUUUACAGUUAUGUUUGAUAAUUUUUUUUAUAAAAUGAAAUGAUUUUAACGAUGUGACGUGUACGACAAAUUCAAGAUGUCAACGCGAAUUAGCCCAACAUUAAAACACAACCAAGAUGAUUACGAAAUAAACGGGCAAAAAAAGAAAGAUAUGCAACGACCUGGAAGCGCUGAUUCCAGGAGUGCUUGGGAUAAUGAUGCAUUUGAUGAUGGGGGGAUUACUACAGUGUCUGCUGGAAUUUACACAUACAACCCUGAUCUAAAUAUGCCAACUGAGAUGACCAGUGAUGUAUAUGUGGCAUCGGGUGAUAAUCAAGGUGACAGUAACUUGAAUAUCCGAACUACUACUUUGGAAGGAAGUGGAAUUUGGUUCAAAGUUAAAAAAGGACUCAGAGGUUUGUGGGGAACUCGGCAAACUGAGGACACGCAGACCGACCGUGAGCUUUAUAUUCGCACAACUAUUCGCGAAUUGGUUAUCUAUGUCUUCUUCAUUGCAACACUGUGUAUUUUGACAUUUGGAAUGACCAGCUCAACCCACUACUAUUACACCAAGGUAAUGCAGGAACUAUUUGUGGAUGCUCAGUUUCCUGAUACUAAGAACACGUUUAAAGGAAUGACUACCAUGCAGGACUUCUGGAGGUUUUCCGAGGGUCCUCUCAUGGAUGGUUUAUACUGGGAAACUUGGUACAAUCAAAAGAAUGUUUCUGAAGAAGACCUGGGAUAUAUCUACUAUGAAAACAAACUACUUGGAGUGCCAAGAAUUCGUCAACUUAAGGUUCGCAACGGGUCAUGUGAGGUCCACCCCGAUUUUCAAGAGGAAAUCACAGCCUGCUAUGAUUCGUACGCUAAAGCCAAAGAAGACACUUCCCCCUUUGGUUCUGAGAAUGGAACUGCCUGGGUUUAUCAUACUGAGGAUGAACUGGAUGGUUCAAGUCACUGGGGCUUGUUAGAUUACACUUAUUCUGGUGGAGGUUAUUACCAGGACCUCCUAGACACCAAGACAAAAUCGCUCGCUAUUAUUAAAAACUUGAAGGAGAAUUUAUGGCUGGAUCGCGGGACCAGAGUUGUUCUUGUUGAUUUUACCGUCUACAAUGCCAACAUUAACCUCUUCUGUGUGGUAAGAUUGGUAGUCGAGUUUCCGGCCACUGGGGGAGCUGUUCCAUCUUACCAGUUCCGUACAGUGAAGUUGCUCCGUUAUGUUACAACAUAUGAUUACUUCCUUAUGGGUUGUGAGGUUUUGUACAUGCUGUUUAUACUUUACUACAUAGUAGAGGAAGUGUUAGAGAUACGGAAGAACAAAUGCUCUUACUUUAAGAGUGUGUGGAACUGUCUGGAUGUAUUGGUCAUUCUGCUAUCCAUAGUAGCUUUCAGCUUCAACAUAUAUCGAACCAUCACUGUGGAUAGCUUACUUGGCAAACUACUUGAUCAACCAUUGACUUAUCCUGACUUUGAAUUCCUGGGUUUCUGGCAAAUGCAAUACAACAACAUGGUCGCUAUUGUCGUGUUCUUUGCCUGGAUUAAAAUAUUUAAAUACAUCAGUUUCAACCGCACGAUGACUCAACUCCAAUCCACUUUAUCCCGAUGUUCCAAGGACAUUGCAGGGUUCGCUGUGAUGUUUUUCAUUAUUUUCCUUGCAUACGCUCAACUUGGAUACCUUGUAUUUGGAACACAAGUCAAGGACUUUAGUACCUUCCAAGAAAGCAUCUUCACCCAGUUUCGAAUCAUCCUUGGAGACUUUGACUUCCACGCACUGGAGGCGGCGAAUCGUGUCCUUGGACCGAUCUUCUUCCUAACUUACGUCUUCUUUGUCUUCUUCGUAUUGUUGAACAUGUUCCUUGCCAUUAUUAACGACACAUACUCUGAAGUGAAGGCAGAAAUAUCGAUGCAGAAAAGUGAAUUUGAAAUAUCGGAUUACAUUAAAAGGGGAUACAACAAAGUCCUUGAGAAGCUUUCAUUGAAGAAAGAUCGCAUCCGAGACAUCCAAGAUGCGAUACAGACGGCCGACCUUAACCAAGAUAGACAUCUUGACUGGGAGGAAUGGAGACUUGAUUUAAAAAUGCGGGGAAUCCCCGAUGCUGAGAUUGAAGCAGUGUUCGCUAAGUACGACCAGGAUGGCGACAUGAUACUGAACGAAAACGAACAGAAGAAACUGAAGGCAGACCUUGAACGGCAGAAGAUGGAGUUAGAAAACGACAAGGUUGAGCUGUCCAACGAACUGGAUGAGAUGGAGCGUGACAAAAGUGGAGCCACGACCCCUGGUGCUCGACCUGCCUCAGCUCGUUCCAAAGGUGCUGUGUCGCACGUCAGUUGCAACGACUCAGCGAAUGAGAGUGAUGAUGACGAUGAGGAUCGACCAAUCAGCUCCAAGAAUUUCGUGUCACGAGAUGACUUUCAAAUAUUGGCACGCAGAGUUGACCGAAUGGAACACAGCAUUGGGUCAAUCGUGUCCAAGAUUGAUGCAGUGAUCGUGAAGCUUGAAGCUAUGGAAAGAGCUAAACUUAAGAGGCGAGAAACGAUGGGAAAGCUACUCGAUAAUAUAACGGAGGAUGAGAGAAAUGGUAGAUCAGAUGACGAACUACGUCGCGAACAAAUGGAACGAUUGGUUCGUGAAGAACUUGAGCGUUGGGAUUCGGAUGCUUCCAUCGCAUCGACUGGUAGAAGAGGAAAUCGUCCACAAUCAGGUCGUUCUACGGCUUCAUCUUCUGCGUCAUCUAAUCGAGUUCGCGUGCCCGGUUCCCAUGGUAACACAAGCUCAGCUUAACCUUUCAUAACAUACCUAACCAACUUUCAUCUUUAAUAUUCUGGUAUAUUUAUAUUUCUUUCUGUGGCACAUUUUUUUAAUUACCCAUCUACAACUGCCAGGACAUGUGGUUUUAGUUACAAUUAAAACAUUAAUAAAAGUUCCCGAUAAUUUUACCAUAUGACUGGAAGACACUCUCUUUGCUCCUAUCAUACUGCACGAUAGUAAUUGCUCUAACUCGGUACAAGUUGCAAUUGAUUCAACCGUUUCUGUACAUUUCUCUUUUGUAAAUUUUUACUGUAGGUGUCACCACAUCAGUAUUUUGUCGUAAAUUUAGUGUUUAGAGACUGUGUCCUUUUAGUGCCAUGUUGUUGUCUUGUAGUGUUACACAGCAUUUCUAAAUAUUUUAAAUGAUUAAUUUCCUACAAACAGAAAUCGUGAUGCUUAACAAACUAACUACCUAAUAAUUUUCGGCAUAUUGAAAUAUCAAAGCCAGUGUUUAUGAAGCAUGGGUGCCAAAUUAACUACCCGAAUAUAAAUCCACCUCAUUUAUUCAUAAGUGUUUGAAGGUAUGUACCACUUUUAAUCAACAGUUUACUACAAGCGGAUAAUUGUUUCAAGUGUUCGUAUUUUCAUCUAAAAUUUGUCGAACCUGAAUUAUCUUUUCCAAAUCGGUGUAGCUCAAUAUCGUUAAAUAUGGUUGUAGUGUUGCUGUGGUAACUGGAUAAAUUCUAUCGUUUCAGCAACACUACAGUUGCACUUAGUAAUUCGUUGUUCUUAAUACUGUCUACCUAGUAUUUUUCCUUCUGUUGUUGUACUUUUUACCGAGAUUUUGUCGUUUUAAUUGCCGGCAUUGUGAGAUUUUAUAUAUCAAGUUGUUUUUAUCAAUUUAUAGAUGGAGGCAAUUCAGGUCUAGAGCCUUUUUCUAAUUUGGUUGCAGCCUCCAAGUAAUUUUCUGCUUUCAAUUAGGACAACCACAUAAACAGAACGUUAUAAAAGCUCGGGAAUAUUUUUCACGUUUUUAAUCCUGCUUAAAGUUCACAUUUUUAUUGUUUAGUUUGUAAAUUGUAGUUUGCGUACAAAUGGUGCUGCAACGGUGCUAGGCUUAACGUGGUGUAGUGGUGAAAUAAAAUUCAUGUAGUAAA